UUUUGUCUAGUUGACGGUGGCUACACAAAUUGGUCAGAGUUCAGCUCGUGCACAGUCUCCUGCGGCCAAGGUACGAAAACGAGGACCCGAAACUGCACUAAUCCUUUUCCACAACAUGGCGGUAAUUAUUGUCAGGGUAGAUCUACCCAGUCGGUACCAUGCUUUGUCAGGCAUUGUCCUAUUAACGGUAAUUACACAGAAUGGACGGAAUUCACUUCUUGCUCGUUAACCUGCGGCGGAGGCAAACGAAAUCGAAGUAGAACUUGUUUAAAUCCUCGACCACAAUAUGGCGGUCUCAACUGCUCAAGCCUGGGUCCAGCUCAAGAGGGCGAAGAUUGCAACACGCAUGCGUGCCCUAUAGACGGAGGCUACAGCGAAUGGUCCACCUUUGGCGCAUGUUCUGCUACAUGCGGGAACGGUUUGAAGCGUCGCACCCGACUUUGUAAUAGUCCACCUCCUCAAUAUGGCGGUAUGGACUGUUCUAUAAUUGGCCCUGCUCAAGAAACACGUGUCUGCUUUAUUAAAUUGUGCCCCGUUGAUGGUAACUAUAGUAACUGGAGCUCAUUUGGAUCUUGCAGUAAAAGUUGCGGCGUUGGAGAGAAGAGUAGAACUCGAAAGUGCGACAAUCCUGUCCCAGUAGGGGAGGGUAGGAAUUGUUCACAUAUAGGUCCACCAAUCGACAUUCAACCUUGCAAUACCCAACCAUGCCCACGCAGCGGAGGGUACACCCCUUGGUCAGAUUUUAGUCCCUGCACAGCCUCUUGCGGAGGUGGGACUCAUUUUAGGAGGCGUAACUGCACGAACCCGCCACCGGCGGCUGGAGGCCGAGACUGCGUUCGUCUAGGACCCCCUGAGGAAACAAACUUGUGCAAUACACAUUCCUGCCCCGUGGAUGGUGGGUACGGGGAGUGGUCACAGUUUAGUCAGUGUUCACGAACCUGUGGCGGCGGAGAUAAGAAGAGAUCGAGAAGCUGUAACAGUCCAGCUCCAGAGCAUGGUGGAAGGAACUGUUCCGGUCUAGGACCAGCCCAAGAGACUCAAUCCUGUAACAGCAACAAGUGUCCAGGUGAGCUUUAUGAUGCAGUUUCGUCGUAGGGGCCUAGAGAGAAAGUGUAGAUAGGUGAGUGGUAAGGUAGGAAGGUAGGUAGGUAGUUAGGUAGGUAGGUAGGUAGGUAAGUACGUGGGUAGGUAGGAAGGUAGGUGGGUAGUUAGGUAGGAAGGUAGGUAGGUAGGUAGGUUGGUAGGUAGGUAAGUAGGUAGGUAGGUUGGUAGGAAGGUAAGUACGUAAGUAGGUAGGUAGGUAGGUAGGUAAGUAGGUAGGUUGGUAGGUAGGUAGGUAGGUAAGUUGUUAGUUAGGAUGGUAGGUAGGUAGGUUGGUACGUAAGUAGGUAGGUAGGUAGAUAGGUAAGUAGGUAGGUAGAUAGGCUGAUAGGUGGGUAGAUGGGUAGGUAGGUUGGUAGGUAGGUAGGUAGGUAGGUAAGUAGGUAGGUAGGUAAGUAGGUAGGUUGGUAGGUUGGGUAGGGUUGAUGAUGGGGGGGGUGGUGGAAUCUAACAUUGCACGUUUGGUCAUCCCUAUACACCUGAAACAAUAAUUAAAUGAGGGAUGGAUGAAAGAGUUGUUGCCCAUUGCGUUGGUUAAUUUCUUUGUGGUCAUCCCUAAAUGUGUUGCCCAUGUUAGCGACACGUCGAUUUACACGCCUUAAGAUUUGGAUAUUAGUUUAGGUACAUUAGCACUUUCUGUAAGAAAUAAUAUGGUUUAAGGUUAACAGUUUAAUCUAAUAUUUAUAAAACUUUAUCUGUUACAGGGAUCAGCUUUUUGGCGCCCGUGAUAUUUCCAGAGGAGACCUUUAACACAGACCUUUGGAGCACGGAAAAGUCGUACGUUCGAAUUACUGGCGGAAAAGAUCAAGUACAACGUAAGCGACUUCUAAUAUUGUUCCUUAAUUGA